AUGGCUCAAAACCGCCUCGCGUCCUUCUGCCGCCCAGCAGAAUGGGCCAGACACGCCCGCACAAUCCUCGCCUGGCCAUCCGCCAAAGCAGCGCCAUACCAAGACGACCGCAUGUCCUUGUCCCGCGCCACAAAUGACAUAUGUUCCAUCGCAGAAGCUGUUUCUCGUUUUGAGCCCGUGACGCUGCUUGUCGACCGGGAGCGCCAAGGAGAAGCCGAGAGACGGUUUGCGGCAAAAGAAGCCAAGCACGCUCAUGAGAUACGUGUUCAUCCCGUCGCCGGAGAGCAAUUAGACCUGUGGAUGAGAGAUAUCGCGCCUACGUUUACAUUGCAACACAAUCCCAAGGGAAAGAAGUUGCACGGUGUGGUGUACAACUUCAAUGGGUGGGGGGACAAGUUCAACUCUGAGACGUGUAGUGCUCUCGCCGGGAGAUAUCUCCAAGAUGUUGGCAUUCCACCGGUCUCAUCGUCCAUUACCACCGAAGGAGGAGCUCUUGAAAUAGAUGGCGAGGGCACACUCAUGGCCAGCGAAAGCUCUCUCAUGAACGACAACAGAAACCCCGGCCAGACCAAGUCCCAAAUCGAGGCUGAGCUCUCUCGCACCCUAGGAGUCACCAAAUUCAUCUGGAUACCAGGACUAAAGAACGGCGAUUCUACGGAUUUCCAUAUCGAUGCCUACGCGCGCUUUGUUCGUCCAGGCGUGGUUCUCGUAUCAACGCCCAGUCAGACAGAGGACCCCGGCCCAUGGAAGAAUGCGUACGCUGAAGCUCGACAGAUUUUGGCAUCCGCUUCAGAUGCACGGGGGAGGAGGUUGGAAAUCGUGGAGGUUCAGGAGCCGAGGAUAGAAAAGCUUGUCCCGGAGGAGUAUCUGGGCGUUAUUAAGGGUCAGUACGGGUAUAGACCUGUGCAUAGUUAUGUGAAUUUUCUGAUUGUGAAUGGCGGUGUUAUAUUGCCGCAGUUUGGGGAUGAGGAGACGGAUAGAAGGGCGGUGGAGGUUGUGAGGAGGGUGUUUGGGAGGGAGAGGGAGGUUGUGCCGGUUUGGAUUGGGGAGUUGCCGCUGUUGGGGGGUGGGAUUCAUUGUUCUUCGCAGGAGAUGCCUUUAUGGGAAGGGUUUUAG